AACAGCUGUCAUGUGUCAAGAAAUUCAGAUGUAAUAGCUGGGCAUGCAGUUUAUUUUACCUUCAAAGUUUCUCAAACUUAUUCAUUUGAAAUGGUUGUUUAUUAUGGUGAACAUUGUUAAUUCAAAAUUAAAAGUGCUAAGAUAAAAACAACGAGAAAUGCAUAUGAAUAACAAAAAGUUAUCAUCCCUGGAUACGAGAACAAAUACGAAAACUAAAGUAUGUUCCACUCCAGAGCGUCGAGUAGAUUCUCCUACAAUAGAUACCGACUCUAUUUGUGACUCAGAAACUGCUAGUCCUAUACCGUUUAUGUGUACACAAGAUGAUGCAGAUGUUGUGUAUAAUUUUUCCACGCCAAAAUCACAAACUGCGAAAGCACAGUUCAAAGGUACCACACCAGUUAGUAAAAAGGUUAGGAAACCUGUGAGAUUACAAGUAAAAAAACGUUUACCAAAACGUAAGAUUAUUAAACUUUCAAAUCAGGGAAAGAAAUGGCUACAAGAUUUGCGUGAAUUAAAUCAAAAUGUACACGAACUUGUUAAUAAAUCAUCAAAAGAUUCAGUAGAGAAGCCGCAAUCUGAGGAAGACAUGUUUAGUGACACUAGUGACAGUUCACCCAGAGCAGGUAUGGGCAUUAAAAAGGGAUAUCUAAGAAAAAAUGUUUUAAGCUUUAAACUCACAAAAGCUGAACCUGAAACUGGUCUAGAUUCAGAUGAUUCCGUCAAUGAAUAUUUAAUACAAGUAAGUCAAGCCGUUGAAGAGAAAUUUAACACUGAAACAAAUGUAAUAAGGGAGCAAAGUUUUGACACUUUUGAUAAUAUCAGCUUCAAAGAAACUACCGAAAAUGACUUUAAUCCGGAUUCAAUGCAGGUUAUACAGAGAAAUAAUCAUUUGGGAUCAUCAAAUAUACAGAACAUGAAAAAAAGUGAAUCUAGCAUUUAUCACAAUGAAUCAUUUGACAGCUUAUUAGGAAACUUAAAUGACAGUGUCUUUGACAACCUCACUCAAAUACCUAUAAAUGGAGUAACAAAAACUAAAGGGCCCGUGUUAGAAAUUAAUAACGAAACUUGCCAUAAUAAAAGUUUUGUCCGGCACAACUCCAUGCCCGUGUCUCCCAGUGUUGCCAACAACAGACCAUCUACCAGUGGAAUGUCAUUGGGACGAUUUAAAUCUAUGCCAUUCAAUCAGAGCAGUGACAAUAUUUUAGAUGGCUGUUCAAUAAAGUAUACUCAAGAUGAAAUAAAAAAGAAACAUCAACAAGCAAGAGAAAAACUUCUCGCUAAAGGAAUGUUGCCAUUAUUAUCUCAAAAACAAACUCCGCAAAUGUUGCCAGCUCAAAAAGAUCAACCAAGAAACAAUAUCCAUAAUAAAGCCGACAGCAGACAAAAUAAAGUCACAGAUAAAAACAAGAACGUUAUGAACAAGAACCCUAGUUCAGAAUCAGACUUAAAACCUGACAUAAAAACACUGAUUGAAAAAAAAAGACAGGAAGCAUUGAUGAAAUUAAGGAAAAGACAGGCCCAGUGUAGGUGAUACAUAAUGUUUUUGUGUUAUAAAUAUUAUGUCAGAACUGUUUUAUAAUUGUGUACAUUGAAUAAGAUAUAUUUAUCGAGAAUUUUUGUAUUUUAAAUGAUUUGUAUAAUAACUUCCUAGCUGCAUGUAAUAAAAACAAUGUUUAAUUAUUAAA